AUGAAGCUCCCAAGUCAGAGAGCUGCUCCGGCUGAGAGCCCACCACAGAAGUUGACCACAAUCUUCCAGUUUCGUAACUUUAGAAGAGAUUUCACCCGUCAGUUAGAUGACAUAGUCGGUGCUCUAAACGAGCAGGUCUUCUCGUUCCGAACAAUAGGCUUGUUGCUUCAAGGUGAGCAUCACCAAGUCACAGAGUUCGUUGUGAAGACCCCAGACUUGGCUGACGAUCCUGACCUGAAGCUUCAUGUUGAAAAAGCUCGUACAAGAAACGGUGUAACCAGCUUUGGGGCAGGGCCGAAUUUUGCAAACAACAUGCUUGUUUUUGAAGUGCUUCAUACAUACCACAAAUUUGACUGGUCGAACCUCGAGAUGCCUAUGCCAAUAGUAGGGAGAUGCGCCUUGGCUGUCGGAGAAGAGAGGCAGAUUUUCCCAGGUCCAAAGUUCCCUAUGUCGCAUCAGCUCUAUGGAUUUGGGUCUGAAUUGGAGAAGGGCUCAACUCAUUAUCAUGCACUGAGCGGUGGAAGUUUUAAAUUUGAAGCACACUUUGAGCAAGUCCCGUGGAUCCGUCAAGAGCCUUACUCUCGUAUUGUGCUUCCCGGGAUGUAUGUACCAAGCUUCCUUUUCUUGAGUGUAAAGGUUGCCCAUCGUCGUAUUCUUGAUAUGUUGCUCGAGGAGCCUUUACACUUGACCAAUGUCCGUGUGGAGUUUCAAGAAUUCAGUUGCGUACCUAACAAGUACCUUCAAUCGACAGAAGUCCGGAGCAAGGUGCUAGUCGACAAGAAAAUAUCCAUGGAGAUCUUCCGAGUUAACAGGUUACUCACACUACCCGAUAACUUCUAUGAUUGCUUCAUUAGAACAUACGGGUUGAAAAUCACAGUAGCACUUUCCCACAAAAGUGGUCCCAGCUUCAAUGCUUCUGCGUUUGUCGAGCUCAAUGUGGCACAGGAGAAGUAUGAAAGAAUCCAUGAGAAGGACAUAUUCAACCCACGCUAUAUGGGAACUGACGGAAUCGAAACUUGUUAUGGCACGCAUAGCUCGUUGAAGCCUUUCCAAACAUCUGAACCAACUGACGAUAGCUUGUCAUCCUUCAGCCGUCUAAAUGCAGAUGAAGCUACCGGAAAGUUCCAACGAUACUGCUUCCUGAUGCACAACAACCGCGAGAAAGGAUGCUUCUUACUAUCGGCCGAUAUCAUGAAGGGACCGAAAUUCGCUGAUAGCAGAAUGGAGUUGCACUCUCAAUUGAAUUCCACGUCAGACCUGGCGGAGGAGUUACACUCUCAAUUGAGUACAAGCGACAAUCCUCUUUGGGAUUUUGUGGUCUUACGAAAGAAACAAAUUCAACAAAGCGGCAUCAGGCUCGAGGGAAAUAUGGAGCUUGCUUUAUUGGUUAAAGUAGAGGAUUCCUUAUGGUCGGGAGAUUUCCUUGGGGGCGAUCAUCCUGUCAAGGAGUAUCUCCUUAACGUCGACAGCCCUGAGAUUCUUCCAGAGACUCGUGACGCUCUUAAGCUAAAAGUCAUAUUGGAGGAAAAAGCCCAGAGAGAUCAGCCUGGUAGGUAUUAUUUGAAGUGGCUUCAAGCAAGAUGCUUGCGAGAGACACGCUUUGCCACUACUUCAAGCCAGUCUUACCCUACAACGCUGGCGCAGAUCGAUGAAACCCUCCAGCAGAUACCGGUUGAUAGAGUUACGAGAAUAUCCGAUCCAAAUGACCCGGCACACCUCUUUUGCAGGGCCCAUCGGAUGCGGCUCAAAGCAGCGAAGGAUAAGAGGUGCAAGCCAGAACUUGAUCACCUCGAGCAGUUGCUCAAAAUCGAGCUUAUCCGGCUUCGUGAACGCACUAAGAGCCCACCACAGAAGUUGACCACGAUCUUCCAGUUUCGUAACUUUAGAAGAAAUUUCCAUCGUCAGUUAGAUGACAUAGUCGGUGCUCUAAACGAGCAGGUCUUCUCGUUCCGAACAAUAGGUUUGUUGCUUCAAGGUGAGCAUCACCAAGUCACAGAGUUCGUUGUGAAGACCCCAGACUUGGCUGACGAUCCUGACCUGAAGCUUCAUGUUGAAAAAGCUCGUACAAGAAACGGUGUAACCAGCUUUGGGGCAGGGCCGAAUUUUGCAAACAACAUGCUUGUUUUUGAAGUGCUUCAUACAUACCACACAUUUGACUGGUCGGACCUGGAGAUGCCUAUGCCAAUAGUAGGGAGAUGCUUUUUAGUGGCCGGGGAAGACAAGCGGGUUUUCCCAGGUCCAAAGUUCCCAAUGUCGCAUCAGCUCUAUGGAUUUGAGUCAGAAUUGGAGAUGGGCUCAACUCAUGAUGUUGCCCCGAACGGAAAAAGACUUGAAUUCAGAGCGGAGUUUGAGCAACCGUCAUGGAUUCUUCAGGAGGCCUACCACCGUAUUGUUGUUCCCGGGAUGCACGUACCUAGCUUUCUCCCCUUAACUUUACGCAUUGUCGAUGAGCGUUGUUCGGAUGACAGGCUCAAGGAGCCUUUCCACUUGACGACAAUCCGGGUCGAGUUACAAGAGUUCAGCUGCGUACCUAGCAAAUGCCUUCAAUCGACAGAAGUCCGGAGUCAGGUGUUGCUCGAGAAGAAAUUGUUCCAGGAGAUCAGCAUGCUAAACAGACAUAUCACGAUACCCGUCGCAAUGUAUGACUGUGUGAUUCCAGAAGUGGGCCCCACGUUUUUCACGGAAGGCUUCAUUAGAACCUACGGGUUGAAAAUCACAGUAGCACUUUCCCACAAAAGUGGUCCCAGCUUCAAUGCUUCUGCGUUUGUCGAGCUCAAUGUGGCACAGGAGAAGUAUGAAAGAAUACAUGAGAAAGACAUAUUCAACCCACGCAGUUUAGGAACUGAAGGAACCGAAUCUUAUGCCCAAUAUUUCCGUGUGAAGCUUUUGCAAAAGUUUGGUCCCACUGACGAUAUGGCUCCGAAGCCCCACAUGGAAACCAAGUGGCUUCUCUGGUUGGACAACCAGGGUUAUUGA